CAUAUCUCCCUGAGCAGAGAGCCACAUUCAAAAACCACCAACAAUAUAAAAAUACAUCCCUAAAGAAGCUCAGUUGUGGUCUUUCAAAGAAAUUUCUCUACAAGCCACAAGAAAUGAAUUCAUAAUCCUAAUAUGUGUGCAAAUGUUAAAAGACUAACAUUGGUGCUGCUAAUUUGUAUAAAUGUGGAAGCAAUCAGCUUCGCUUUUAUAUCAGCCAGAAAAAAUACAUCACAUAUAAUUUAAGCAAAAAUUAAGCACUUAUGAAAUUACAAAAGUUCAAAAAGUAACAGCGUGAAGGAAUUUCUGCAGGCAUUAAGUAUUUUAAGACCAUUUCUUUCAACUUUAUCAGUGAGAGCAAUUAAUUUUUUACACCUUGAGAAACCCCUUCCCCUUUCAUAUAAUAAUUUUCUUUGGCUUCAGUGCAGUCAGUAAGUAUUAGCAGAAUAAAAUGCAGCCAACAGUAAUGCUUCAUAUUAAAGAAAAAUGAAAGAAAAGAGGGAAAUACAGCUUGGUAAGCAGGUAGAGUCCUCAGCUCUGCUCUCAGGGAGGGGGAGGGUUGGGGACUCCUGAUGGAGUUGGGAUGUACCGGCACAGGAUUGGUGGAUGGCUGCUCCAGAUGUGGCUCCAUGCCAAGCCCUUAUGUCUUUAUAUACUGUAAUCAGAUGAGGGGACAGUCCUGAGUGAGCAUCGCACCCACUCUGCGUCUUUCCUGCAGCUCCCCUGGUCUCCAGCAUCCACAGGUCUUCUCUUCUGCACCCCAGACUCAGAACACAAUGGCCAAGCAGACCCUCAUCCUCAGUCUGUGGCUCCUUGCUGGGAGCCUCUUCACCGAGGCGACCUACUACCGCCACCACCGCUACAUCCCACAUUACUUCCGCUACAGGGAGCCCUCCACCAACACAGAAAACCUCCUUCCCGACGUCGCAAACCCGGCGCCCGAAGUCUCGCAGUCCGGCAACCCGACCUACCCCGAGGUGCCCGAGGUGUUCCACCCGGCGCCCGAAGUUGUCCACACUAUCCCAGAGGCUUUCCACCCGGUGCCCGAAGUCGUGCAUCCGGCACCUGAGACCCAUCACGUGCUCCAGGUCCCCGACAGAAAUCGUGACAGUCGGGUUUUUUACGGGAUCAUGUUUGAUGCUGGGAGCACCGGCACCAGGAUCCACAUCUACAAGUUCAUUCAGAAGGAUCCCGUUGAGCUGCCUGUUCUGGACAAUGAAAUGUUCCAUGCAGUGAAACCUGGAUUGUCUGAAUAUAAGGACAACCCUGAGGAGGGUGGGAACACCAUCCGCCAGCUGCUGAAGAUUGCCAAGAAGACAGUGCCUGAGGAGGAGUGGAAGAGGACGCCAGUGGUCCUGAAGGCCACGGCGGGUCUGCGCCUGCUGCCCCUGGAGAAAGCCAAUGGCCUGCUGAAAGAGGUACAAGAGGUUUUUGAAGAAUCACCUUUCUAUGUGCCAGAGAACAGCGUCUCAAUCAUGAAUGGAGCAAAUGAAGGAGUCCUCGCCUGGGUCACAGUGAACUUCCUCACAGGCCAUUUGUAUUCCAACACCAGGAGGACAGUGGGGAUUCUGGAUUUGGGUGGAGGAUCUACGCAAAUCACUUUCCUUCCCAAAUCAAAGAAAACAAUUGAAGUUGCUCCAAGACGUUUCACAGCCAAAUUCAACCUGUUCAACCAUACAUAUGAACUCUACACACACAGCUACCUUGGAAAUGGACUCGUUGCUGCCCGCCUCGCAACACUUGGAGCACUAGGAGCCGAUGGACUGGAUUGGAAAGUCUUCACUAGUUCCUGCCUCCCAAAAAAAUACAGAGAAGAAGUGAAAUUUGGAGGGGACAGCUAUAAAGUUAGCGGGAUUCCAGGCGGAUAUGCAGGCUAUAAACUGUGCUACUAUGAGGUCAUGAGGGUCGUCAAGGGAAAUUUUCACCAACCGUACGAAGUGAAAGGCAGCAGCGUCUUCUAUGCUUUUUCCCACUACUAUGACAGAGCUGUGCAGACCGGCCUUGUCAGCAGUCUAGGUGGUGCGAUUGAAGUAAGAGACUUUAAGAAGAAAGCCAAAGAAGUGUGCAACAAAAUGACCAAAUACCGUGCCAUUAGCCCUUUCCUCUGCAUGGACAUGACAUAUAUUACUUGCCUGCUAAAGGAGGGCUUUGGCUUCAAGGACAGCACUGUGCUCCAUCUGGCCAAGAAGGUGAACAAUGUGGAGACCAGCUGGGCUCUGGGGGCGACCUUUGACUUCUUCAGGAACUUCAACAUCCACCAAGACUAGUUGCAGUCGCUGCCGCUGGCACUGAGAGGGACAGUCUGUCACUGUGGGGCCUCCUUUCCUCUGACCACCCAACCUCCUCAAUUCUUACUAAAACCUCAUCAUCCUGCAAACACUAAAUGAACUCUUUUUUUAAAAAAAGAAGAAAUCACUAUAUUUUUAUAAGGCCAGCUUUUUCUACUGUAUAUCGAGCUCAUCGUUGGUGGGCUGACUUUAUUUUUAUAAAACGUUUACAUGUUUCCUAAUGGGUGGCGGACCUGAAAUGUCUUUCUGGCCAACCUGUAAAGGGUAAAGAGGGGAACUUUGGAGGCAGUGAUAGGAGCCAUGGUAUUUUGGUGCUUACUGUGGUCCUGGUGUGCGCUGUGCAGAACAGUGGAAUAAAUUUAGACAAUAGUUGCCGGAGCCGCAACCACCACAAUUGUCUUUCUAGAUGCUUGUAAAUCUGUUUUCUUUUUAUUCUAGCUGUAAAUCUUU